AUGUGGUUGGCUGCUACAGAGCACCAGAAGAAAAAGUUUGUGCAACGGAUGCAACAAAUUAAAAUAUUGUCUCCUGCAGCAUAUGAAUGGUUAAAUGAAUUUCCUUUGGAAAAAUGGACAAUGUAUAAGGAUGGUGGUCGUAGAUGGGGUGCCAUGACGACAAAUGUGUCUGAGUCAUAUAAUGGUUUAUUGAAAAAAGCUCGGGGGCUUCCUGUGACUACCAUGGUUCGAAUGACGUUCAAAACUCUUGUUGAUCGUUUUGUCGAAAGAAACAACCUUGCAAUCGCAUUACUUCAAAGUAAUAUGCCGUGGCCUCUUGCAAUAGAUAAAAAAUUUAAUGAUUAUUAUCAAAAAGCUCAAAGGCACACAGAUAUGAUGACGUACAACACUGGUGAUGGAGUAUUUGAAAUUCUUACUUUUGCUCAUGAUGGUAAAGGUGGAAAUGUCCACAAGGUUACUGCAGAAGGUAAGAAAUGUUCUUGUGGAAAAUGGAGAAAUUAUCAUAUGCCUUGCUCGCAUGCCAUUAAAUUUUGUGGACUUCGCGGAAUCGAGCCAAAGUAUAUGUAA